AUGAUUUCUUCCAAGACGAACGGAACACGGAAUGGUGAUAUUCAUCAGCUGCAAAAUCAUCAUCAUACCAAUGAGACAAUUACGGAAUUUCCAUCACACACUAAUGAACAUGAGUAUUAUGAUCUUAAAAAGGAGGCUCCUCUUCAAUUUUUUGAUGAGAAUGAUAAGGAUUUGUGGGAAAAUAAGGAAAAACAACAAGUUGGAUUGAAAUCAGAGGAAAAGAUUGGAGUGGCUGAUCCAAGAACUGGAUUCGCCAAUACAGAAAAGACAAAUACCUCUUCCGAUGGAGAGGGUCAUUGGGAAGCAACAAUUGGAAGGUUUCUAUUAAGAUUAACAACUGCUAGGAGAAUUGUUUCUCUAGUUCUUCUCUGUCAAUAUUUUCUUCUACUAUUGGGUGCCUACCAACAGGGAACAACAAUGUUUUGUAUAAUGUUAUUCACCUGUAUUCUUGGAGUAAUUAAUAAUAGCAAAUAUGUUAGAUUAUCCUUCACCCAUAGUGAUGAUAAUGUGGGACAUUCGGAGGAGAGAAAUAGAGUCUUGAUAAGUUUGGCCAUCUUCUCUUUUAGAUAUUGUUUGUUUCCAGAGCUUCGGAUUGUGUUGGUACCAUUGUAUUUGCUAAUUGUCAUGUCCUCAAAUGUUUUGAGUAUCAAUUCGUGGUUUUACACAUUGGCUCCUAUUUACUUUACUUUGGCACAUUUUGGAUGCUCUGGUGUUUAUGGAUUUAUCCAGCAUGGAAUUUCAAAAGAGUUCUAUGAUAACUGGGCCUUAUUCCUCUCAAUAUUGAUUUUCAGUUAUUAUGUGAUUUCUACUUCAGUGCAUUUGAGAUCGAAAUUGGACAAGUUGGAGCAGACAACAGCUCAGUUGGAGAAUGCUCUCUCUGCAAAAAGUGUAUUUCUGAGGCAUAUUUCACAUGAAUUUAGAUCACCAUGUUUGAGUAGUUUGGGAAGUGUUGAAUUAUUGAGGGAAACCACCUUGACCGAUUAUCAGAGAGAUUUAGUGGAGACAAUUGCAUCAUCGGAUGGAAUUUUAUUGAACCUUAUUGAGGAUGUUCUCACACUAGUGAAAAUUGAACAUGAGGAAAGAAUUGCUGAAAAGGAGGAAAUUACUGAAAAAACAAAAUUCUUGACAGUUUUCAGUUUGGAUAAUUGUGUGAAAAUGAUUGGAAAUAUUAUUAAGAGUUACUCUACUCAAUUCGAAGUGAAUGUUUGCGUUUCAGUUGAGGCUCUGGCAAAGAACGUUUACGUGAGAGCCAAUCAAACAAGAAUUCAUCAAAUUAUUUCCAAUUUGAUGACCAAUAGUGUGAAAGCGUCUAAAAAGGGUGAUUCAGUUGAGUUGAGGUGCUAUUUGGAUGGAAUAGAAUCUGUUUCGAAUGGUGUCACCGAACAAAAUGUUGUUUUUAAAGUUAUAGAUCAUGGCAUUGGUAUUCCAAAAGAGAAACAGGAAAGAAUCUUUGAGCCAUUCUCUCAACUUCACAAUUUGAAUGAAUCUGUUUAUCCAGGAACAGGAUUGGGUUUGUCAACGGUUCUUCAUAAUGUGAGAGCAAUGAAAGGAAAUAUCAUUCUCAAAUCGGAUCUACAUCAAGGAGCCGAAUUCACAGUUACCUUACCGCUAGAAGUUGUAAAACCUGAUGAAAAAGAUCUGUCGACAGAACAGCACGAUAUUGACCCUUCCAUUAAGAGACAAUUGAAAAUUCAAGAAAAUUACAUUAAACUCUUCUCAACCUUUGAUAGAUCGGGAGAAUGUAAAGGGGAGGCCAGUAUUUUGGUAGCUGAUGAUAAUGCCAUCAACAGAAAAGUCAUUCUCAAGCUGAUUGAAAGUCUAGGAUAUAAAGCAGAUGCUGUUUGUGACGGGAAACAAUUGGUCGAACAGUAUGAUCCAAAGAGGCACAAAUUGAUCAUUACAGAUUUUAAUAUGCCUGUUAUGGAUGGAUUGGAAGCGUCAAAGGAGAUUAGAAAGAUACACGGCACUGCAAGGAUUGUUGCCCUCACAGGUGACGUCAUGGCUGAGACACCAAGCUCUGUAUUUGAUAAGGUUCUUGUAAAGCCCAUCCACAAGGGUACAUUGAAGAAGUGUAUUGAGGAAAGUUUGGUCUAG